GGCCGCCGAAGUGAACGGGUGAAGGGACGUCAUCUGCCGCCAGAGGCACGAGCGUAGCGCGGGAGACGGAGAAAGUGGGCAAGGGGCCGUGAACUGAACUGCAGCCCAACGGCGACUUCCAGCCUGUGCGGUGCCCAGCAGCCGCUCCCGAGAAACUUAAGCAUUGACCGCGUGUGUGUCCGGGCUGACCUGCCGGCCAGUGGUCUCCCCAAGGACUCCAGUCGAAAGUCCCACAGCUGGUCUCUUGACUGGCCAAACGUCUCAACGUCCGACACCCCUGGCAGCCCGAGUCUUAUCGCUAGCGGGGACCGGGCAGGGCAGCAAGAGGGUGUGUGUGUGUGUGUGAACAAGGGGAGAGGACGGCAAACAAACUGUACGUGUGCAUGGAGAGAAGGAGAAGUCGGAGGGCUGUGUGGCAAUAAGAACGAGGGGGGCGUGAACGGGCAGAGUGUGACAGCCAAGUGGGUGUGUGACAGGAGAGUGAGGCACAAAUCACCGCUCGACAAGAAGUGGCCACUGCGUGCCAGUGCCAGAGAAAUGGAAGUCUGUGUUCAUGAGAAACAGGAGGAGGGUGAUGAAGAGUGGCAGUGCCAGCGUAAGAGAACAAAACUUGAUCAGGCUGUGUCUGUCAGGAUUGGGGAAAGACGAGCAUACGGGCAUAUAGGAGUACAAGGAAAGUGAGGGUCAGUGCCAGGGAAAGAGAAGCCAGCGUAGGAGAACAAGACACGAGAACAUAGCUGGUGUGUCAGGAUUAAAGAAUGAAAAGUAGGUAUUUAGGAGUGUGUGUGAGUGUGUGUGUGCGAAGAAAAAAGUAAGAGGAGUCACACAGUAAGUGACUAGCGGGUGUCAGUGCCAGGGAAAGCAAACGCCUUAUCUAUGAGAAAAGGGAGUACGAGAACAGUCCGAGUUGGAGAAAGAGGAGAGAGAAGAAUGAGAGUGGCAGUGCCAGCGAUGAGGGUGAAACAUCAGCAGUCGGUGUGUGUCGGGACUAGAGAAAGACGAGUAGACGGGCAUAUAGGAGUACAAGGAAAGUGAGGGUCAGUGCCAGGGAAAGCGAAAAGAGUAGCCAACGUAGGAGAGCAAGACAUAAAGUAGUGUGUGUGUGUCAGGAGUAGAGAAGGAGAAGCAGGCGUAUCGGAGUGUCAGUGAGAGGGAAGUCAGCGUGUGAGAGCAAAAAAUAAGUAAUCGUGUGUGUGUGUGUGUCAGGAGUAGAGGAGGAGGAGGAUCGGGAAAAGGAGAGCACAAGUGUCGCUGAAAGAAAAAGGGAAGUACGUGUGCCUGAGAAAUCACUUGAGAAAGUAAUUAGUGUGUCUCCCUAUUAGAGAAAGCAACGUCAGUGUGCAUGAGAAAAUAAAAAAGAAAAGUACGAGGAUGAAGAGUCCGUCACAAAAACAGAGAGAUGAUGAGAAAUCAGGAGUAAGAGGACAGGGUCAGAGCCAAAGAAAGGCAAGAUGGCGUGAAAAUGAGAAGUCGUAUAAAAAACAGAGAGUAAGUGCUCAGUGUGUACGAAGAGAAGGAAAGAGAAAUCGACGCGUGAGAACAAAUAGCAAUGGCUGAGGUCAGGAGUGAGAGAAGUCGGUGUGUCAUUAGAGGGAGCAAACAGUCUGGAGUGUCAGCCCCGGAGAAAAGUGAACUUGCUGUGUGUGACGAGGAAAGAGGAAUCGGUGGAGGAGAAUGUGGAGAAAGUCGUCAGUGCCGGAGAGAGACGUUUGAAGAGUGAGCCACCACCGGAGAAAGAGGAAAAUCAGGGUCUGACCCACUGGGACCCCCCAGGCAUGCCGAAGGGGUCUUUAUUCCUUGAUUAGAAGGGGGAUUGAGCAGGAGCUCCAUGUGUGUCAACGUCAGAUAGAGAGAAACAAACGAAAGGGCAAGAGGAGUCCAUCAAAUGACAGAGAGUGCGGUGAGGAGCGGCCGCCAAGUGAGCGCAGAUACAACGGCAACAUGCAUUUCUAGGGCACAUUUUCAUACAAGUGGCGCAGCUCAGAGUGCUUUACAAGACGAAGAAAGACAAGUUUAUAAAAAGAAAAACAAGGUUAACUAAAUAAUAAAGAAUAAAGUAAAGUCCGAUGGCCGGGAGAGCGGCAGAGUAAGAAACUCAGGAGUGUGUGUAAGCUGUGUGUGUGUCACAGAGGGCGUGUGAGGACAGGAGAUGUCACAGCGAGUGCCAGCAUUGGAUAUGACAAGGUAGGAGAAUGUACAGAAAGCUUGGCCAAGGAGCGCCUGGCAUCUUAAUGGCCUCGCGCCAGCUCUGUGUUUGUGACGACCCCCUGCUCUGUUGGGUGACACAUUUUGUAGUUUGAAUCAAAUCAAUAAGCAGUGACAGGGUGGCCAGGAGCAUCCACUGCAUUAUGGAGUGUCACAAGGCUGAGACGUGAAAGACUUCACAGCAUGAAGGCCAAGAGAGGUGGCAGACUGGGUUAGUCGACGCGUGUUUAUGGCAGCUGGCAGGCGCCCAGCCGGGCCAACUUCAUUACACGAUCAAAGAAACUUCACAGGGGUCCGUGUGAAGGAGCGCCGGUCCUGUGGCGGACAUGGCUGAAAAAGCAACCUGCGACACCUCCGAGGUGAGUUUCCCAGUCGGGACAGACAUUCGCAGGAGGGUCCUGCAGUUCAUGGAGGAGCAGAUGCAGACCACCAUGCUCACAGGUGUUGCAAUCGGCGCUGUGGCGGCCAUUUUACUGGUUGGCGUGGCCGUGUUCUUCAUCUACCGGAGGUUCAUGCAGCCAAAGGAGCUGCAGCCUGGGGUGCCCCGCUAUCGCUUUCGAAAGAGGGACAAAGUGCUCUUCUACGGCAGGAAGAUCAUGAGGAAGGUGCAGACCUUGUCGGCCACCUCAGGCACCAGUGGCAACAGCGCGCCCCGACAGAGGAGCAGGAAGCGGCUCAAGAUGUUGUCCCUGGCUGGCAGGAUUUUAAGAAUUCGCCGCGAGCCUCCAACCCUCCAGCCUAAAGAGCCGCCCCCGUCGCUGCUGGAGGCCGACUUGACGGAGUUUGACGUGAAGAACUCCCACCUGCCCUCCGAGGUGCUGUACAUGCUGAAGAACGUGAGGGUCCUGGGACAUUUUGAAAAGCCGCUUUUCCUGGAACUCUGCAAGCACAUGGUGUUUGUGCGCCUCCAGGAGGGAGAGGUUGUGUUCAGACCUGGCGACGCGGACGACAGCAUCUACGUGGUGCAGGAGGGCCGGCUGGAGCUGUGCAUUCAGGACAAUGAUGGGACGGAGCCCGUGGUGAAGGAUGUGCUGCCGGGGGACAGCGUCCACAGCCUGCUCAGCAUUCUGGACAUCAUCACGGGUUACCCUGCUCCGUACAAGACGGUCAGCGCACGUGCAGCCGAGUGCUCCACCGUCCUGCGGCUGCCAGCCACCGCCUUCCAGUCCAUUUUUGAGAAGUACCCGGAGACGCUGGUCCGUGUCAUUCAGAUCAUCAUGGUGCGUCUUCAGCGCGUCACCUUCCUGGCUCUCCACAACUACCUGGGUCUCACGACGGAACUUUUCAACCCGGAGAGCCAGGCCAUUCCUCUUGUCUCAGUGUCCAGCGUGAUGGCAGGUGGCAGUCCUGGACGCAGUGCUCGGCGCCACAUAUCCACUGCACCCCUAGACGAGGAGGAGUGUGAGGUCGGGCCGGCUGGAUCUGGUGACGCAGAGUCGGUUAGGCAGUUGUUGGUGGAGUCUGCCUCGGCCAGUUUUAGGAGAGUCCGCUCCCAGUCUGUGCCAUUAGAUACCGAAGUGUCACAAGGUCAUGGCAAGACCGACCUCGGCAUGGCAUACGAGCGUGCGAGAGUGAACGUCACCCAGGAGGAGGCGCCCCCGAGUCCUGUCACUUACAAGUCCAUCCUGAAGAAGAGUGUGACGAUGCAAGAGACGCCAUCUGCCGUCAUCCACUAUACCGGGUCGGGGGACAGCCCCAGUGAGGUGCCCCCGAGCAAAGUCAGUGCCAUUUUCGAGGCGGCCAAGAAGGAUCUGCUGACACUCAUGAAGCUUAAUGACCCAAGUCUGCUGAAUGGCCGGGUGACCCUGCACCAAGUGAAAGCUGGCACUGUGGUUGCACGCCAGGGAGACCAGGAUGUCAGUAUCCGUUUUGUCAUCUGCGGCCUCCUGCACGUAUACCAGAAGAUGAUCGACCGUGAGGAGGAGACGUGUCUCUUUGUCACACACCCGGGGGAGCUGGUGGGGCAGCUGGCUGUGCUGACCGGAGAGCCGCUCAUCUUCACUGUACGUGCCCACCGAGACUGCAGCUUCCUGUCUAUCACUAAGGUCCACUUCUAUGAGAUAAUGCGCCAGGAGCCCAGUGUGGUGCUGAGUGUGGCUCACACGGUGGUGAAGCGAAUGUCGUCUUUCGUACGCCAGGUUGAUUUUGCUCUUGACUGGAUGGCAGUGGAAGCUGGCAGAGCGAUUUACAGACAAGGUGACAAGGCGGAAAGUACCUACAUUGUCCUCAACGGUCGCUUACGCUCAGUCAUUUUGAAGGACAACGGGAAAAAAGAGCUGACUGCAGAGUACGGCCGAGGGGACCUUAUUGGUGUGGUGGAGGCACUCACUCACCAGCCCUGUGCCACCACAGUCCAUGCGGUGCGAGACUCGGAGCUGGCUAAACUCCCAGAGGGGGCCCUUAGCUCCAUCAAGAGACGGUACCCCCAGGUCGUCACCCGCUUAAUACACCUGCUGGGUCAGAAGAUCCUGGGGAACCUGCAGCAGGUCAGCGGCCCCCUUGCAGGUCGAGGCCUUGGUCUACACACCCCCAGCAGUAAGUGGGACGCUGGCAAUCCGUCCAGUAAUCUGUCCACCGUUGCCAUCCUUCCGGUGUCUGAAGAAGUGCCCAUGACAGCCUUCAGUCUGGAGCUGCAGCAUGCCCUGGGAGCGAUUGGACCCACGCUGCUGCUCACGAGUGACAGCAUUAAGCAGAACCUUGGCUCAGCGGCCCUCGACAGUGUGCACGAAUACCGCCUGUCCAGCUGGUUAGGACAACAGGAGGACAUCCACCGCAUCGUCCUCUACCAGUCGGACAGCGGGCUCACGCCGUGGACUCAACGCUGCAUCCGCCAGGCGGACUGCAUCCUGAUCGUCGGGCUUGGGGAACAGGAGCCUUCAGUGGGAGAGCUGGAGCGCAUGCUGGAGAGCACGGCAGUUCGAGCCCAGAAACAGCUGAUCCUGCUGCACCGUGAGGACGGGCCGCCCCCCCACCGCACCGUGGAGUGGCUCAACAUGAGGACCUGGUGCUCGGGACACUUGCACUUGUGCUGCCCCCGCCGAGUCUUCUCCAAAAGGAGCCUGCCAAAGCUGAGGGAGAUGUAUCAGCGCGUCUUCCAGAAAGUGCCGGAUCGCCACUCGGACUUCUCCAGGCUGGCACGGGUCCUGACAGGAAACGCCAUUGCUUUGGUGCUGGGUGGUGGAGGAGCUAGGGGCUGCUCCCAGGUUGGGAUCAUCAGGGCCAUGACGGAGGCAGGGAUCCCAAUUGACAUGGUGGGGGGCACCUCCAUUGGUGCCUUCAUGGGUGCCCUUUAUACUGAGGAGCGCAGCUUCACCCAGAUGAGGAUACGAGCGAGGAAGUGGGCUAUGGACAUGACAUCUGUGUUCCAGAAGGUGCUUGACCUCACCUACCCAGUUACGUCCAUGUUCACCGGUGCCUCUUUCAACUCCAGCCUGAGCAACCUCUUCAAGAGCAAACAGAUCGAGGAUUUGUGGAUUCCGUAUUUCAACAUCACCACGGAUAUCACAGCCUCCACCAUGAGGGUCCACACAGAUGGUUCCCUGUGGCGCUACGUCCGUGCCAGUAUGUCCCUGUCGGGCUACCUCCCUCCUCUGUGUGACCCUAAGGACGGCCACUUGUUGAUGGAUGGAGGUUACAUCAACAACCUGCCAGCGGACGUGGCGCGAUCAAUGGGGGCCAAAGUUGUCAUCGCCAUUGAUGUGGGCAGCCAGGACGAGACGGACCUGACGAAUUACGGAGACACCCUGUCCGGCUGGUGGCUGCUGUGGAAGCGCUGGAAUCCUCUGGCAGAAAGGAUCAAGGUCUUGAACAUGGCGGAGAUCCAAACCCGGCUGGCCUACGUCUGCUGCGUCCGACAGAUGGAGAUGGUGAAGAACAGCGAGUACUGCGAGUACAUCCGGCCGCCCAUCAACCGCUACGGCACCCUGGAGUUUGGCAAGUUCGACGAGAUCGCCGAGGUGGGCUACCAGCACGGCAAGACCCUUUUUGAGCUGUGGAUUCGCAGUGGUGUCGUUGAGAAGAUGCUGAAGGACCGGCAUCAGGAGGAAUUCCACAAGACCAAGUCGUCCGAUAUGGUCACCUGUCCCAACGCCUCUUUCACUGACCUGGCAGAGAUUGUGUCCCGGAUUGAACCUGUGAAGUUGACGGUGGUGGACGAUGAGUCCGAUUAUCAGACCGACUAUGACGACGAGGGUCCCGACGCAGCACUGGGGGACUUCAACGCGUCCAGUGUGACUGAGGAGGAGAUGUUCGACACGGAUGAAGAGGUCAAAGUGCGGCAGCGGCACACGGGCACACAUGGGGCACAAAGACAUCUGCAGUAAGCAGCCAGAGCUGCCCCUCUGCCCACUGGGUGUCGCUUUGGAGCCCUUUGUCCACCUUGCCCAUCCAUGCCAGUGACUGCCUCUCAUCUCUGGUAAACAGGAUUGACGUUCUCUCACAAGUGACUGUGGUGCCUUCUGACCUCCGUGCCUUGGACAACCCACUCUGUGCCUAACCACUCCAGGCUUCCUGGGGGGCCUGCCACACUGCACUUUGGCAUCAGCUGGGCAGGUCAUCUUGGGUGCCAGUGGUCAGUGCCAUUCACCAGCAGCCAGUGGUGCCUUUUCUGGUGUGUUGCACCACCCAUUUAGUGCCUCUGUGAUGUCCUUGUGUGUGAGUAUGCCAGGUUGGCAUCGUAGCCAAUGCACAUAGAAGUCUGUGGUGUAGAUUUGGUUACAAGGGUGACCUGGACGCGGGUGCAAACCUGAGCCCAUCCUGCUGGGUCCUUCCCAGUUGGCUGAUCAACUUAUCAAUGCAAAGUGUUCCUUUAUAGCGCCUUCACUGUUCUUUACUGGUUCUGUUAUUAAAAUGUCAUUUGUGUCACCGUCUGGCCAGUCACAGGCUGCCUGCUGACCGUUCUCUUAAAUACGGACUGGUCCUCUUCAUGCUGACUGUGGACCCUCAUACUGGCUGGUCAUUCCCACUCUAAUUACGCCGACCUUCUCCUGCUGCUCGACUGGCCCCCUCUGAACUGCCAUCUUGGCCAAAAGUGGUGAAGACUCCUGCACAAGUCAGCCCGCCAGUAGCCUUACUGGUCACUCCUGGUGACUCUGGCAACUUGGGUGCUGUGCUUAAUAAAUUGGGGGCUCUUUCAC